AUGCAGCAGUACAGCAGGUUGAAUAACCUCGAAAUUGUUGGUGUCCCCCUGACCGACCGAGAGAAUAUUUACUCCGUUCUCAACUCCCUGGCCAACGCUAUCGAUACGCCUUGGCGUCGAGAGGACGUAUCAAUCGCUCAUCGCCUUCCCAGCAACAGGAAAGAUCGUCCACCAAACAUCGUCAUCCGUUUCGUGAGCAGAUCGAUCAGAGCGGACUGGUUGGCAGCAGCUAGAAACAAAAGGAACUUGAGCACCGUGCAUCUCAGCUCCAGCUUCCAGCCGGCUCCAGUAUUUGUCAACGAGCAUCUGACUGCCCACGUUAAGUCACUAUUAAGUCAGGCUAAGAAAAUGGUCAAGGAAAAACAGCUUGCCUACGCCUGGGUUAAAGAAGGUAGGGUCCUUGUAAAAGUAACUGCAGAUGGCCGUACCAAGAGAGUGAAUAGUCCUGACGACCUGGUGUCAUUUAUGCGUCCUAAGUGA